AAACUGCCCCGACACGUCACGAACAGUGUAAUUGGUCCACUGUUUUUAUUAUCUGUAAAAAUUUUGUCAUGACAAACACAAUAACGAAGCGCCCAUUAGACAGGACCGUAUGAUUCUAGAUGAAUACAGCAAAGAGCAGAUGUUGAAGUGAAUUUCAUGAGAAUGGCGUGCAUAGUAUGGGUUGUACUUCUGCAAUUGUCCAUUACGAUGGCUAAGGGAGGAAAAACCGGYUGUGGGACCAACGCCCAUAUUGUUAUUGCCAUCGAUUCUACUAAAAGGACGACGACAAGCAUCUUUGAAGAUCAAAAAGAGAUCGUUAAAGGGGUGCUCAACUUAGUUAAAAUCAAGUAUGCCUUGGUUGUAUACACCGGAGACAAUGCCUGGACGUACAAAGAUUUUGGUGUCGACCAUUCAAUUAACGGUGCAAGCCUCUCGCGAUUGAAUUGGAGUCAUUCAGAUCACUAUGGUUUCRACCCUAAGGCGCUAUUUGCUGUGAAGUAUAACCGAGCUCCAGACUGUUUUUGGCUGCUGCGGAACAGCCAGAAGGAAUCAUAUUCAAAUUUAGGUGAAUUUAUGGUCAAACCAAUGGGUUACGAUGUACAAAUACCAAAGAUUGUAUUGACAUUCGGCCAGGGAUAUUAUGAACUGUUACAUAAUAUUACAGAAUUUAAAGACCUACAGUUCAACGAUUAUGACAUCAAGACAAGUAAAGAGAAAUAUCACUUGGAGAAAUUGAAGGAUUCUAUUUGUAAGCAUUGUAAAGAGCUAUCACUUUCAACUCCAAGUACACCUACAACCAUGGUAACCCCGGGAAUUAAUAAGACCCAAGAGAUGACUCACAGUAUCCAAAUCAGUAGUAUAGUGUCAACAACAACAACGUCUCCUACCAACACACGUGUCGUUUAUCCAAAGGAGGAGCUGGAGAAAGAUUAUAGAGACUUCUUGGAGUUCAACAUCAGUAAAAUCAAUCUUAAUGACCAGAAAGAGAUUGAUGGGGUUAUUAAUUCUUUGACCCAUCUCUAUGUGAAAAGUCAUUUACUUGAAGGAGACACUGAGCCUGCUAAUAAGUCAAUUGGAUUCCAUGUUCUUGAUGUCUUGGAAAGCUUCUGUGUAUCUGUAGGCACUGCCAUGUCUUCUAACCAAACUUUACAGAUGCAUACAAACAAUAUGUUCAUAGGUAUAUCCACGGUWAAUAUAACUUCAUUCCAAGAAUUGACAUUUGGACGUCUUUCAGAGACUAGUGGAUUUCUUCAUCUUCCACCUGUCAUUUUUAAGGAACAAAAAGGCCAUGGUGUUCUGGUAACAAUGAUAAUUGACCCUAUCCAACCUUUUCGUCAGGGAAAAAUUCUUGAUAGAAACAUCAAUGCRUCCCUUGCAGGCAAGAUUAUCAAUGUGAUAACAAGACCUCCACCAACAAAARGUCCUCUUGAUCCUCCUGUAACGAUUGGAAUCCUACACAGCAAGAAAAUUGACUUCAGAAAUGACGCCAAAGCAAGCUGUGUAUUUUGGGACAUUCAGAGAAGGGGCUGGUCCAAUGCAGGGUGUACUGUGACAGCUAGUAACGCCACUGUGACAAUAUGCCAAUGUAAUCACAUGACACAUUAUGCAGUACUGCUGUCACUGGAUGAUCAAGUGACACCAAAGAUUCAUUAUGAAGCGAUGACCAUUAUAACCUACAUUGGAUGCUCAUUGUCUAUUUCAGGCGUGUUCUUGACCCUUAUUACUUUUCUGUGUUUACCAGUACUGAAGUCAGAAAGAACAAGAAUCCACUGCAAUCUGUGCAUUGCAAUUGGUCUGUCACAAAUACUUUUCCUUGCUGCAGGAAGUAAAGAACUUGUACAAAAUACUGUAGCCUGUAAGCUGUAUGCAGCAUUCAUGUUUUACUGUUUUAUGGCAGUAUUCACAUGGAUGCUUGUGGAAGGCAUUCAUCUCUACCAGAUGGUUAUCAUUGCAUUUGUUAAUCGAUCCAUGAUGAGAUUUUACUAUGCACUAGGGUGGGGUUUACCAGUAGUCAUUAUCACCAUUGCAUCUGCAAUAACACAUGAGGGACUUGGAACCAGUCAGUUCUGCUGGAUUUCUAUUCAUGGAGGAGCCAUUUAUGCAUUUGCAGCACCUGCUAGUAUUAUCAUCAUGAUAAACAUGGUGGUCUUAGUUAGUGUCUUGAGACUGAGAGUGAAGUUGGAUAAGUCCUCUGAUAUCCACAAAACUGUCAAAAUUGGUGCUCGUGUGUCAGUGGUACURCUGCCAUUGCUUGGUAUGACUUGGCUGUUUGGUUUCUUCUCUGUGUUACCAGAUGUUGGAGUUGUGUUCAAGUAUCUUUUUGCUAUAACAAACUCACUUCAGGGUUUCAUGGUUUUUGUGUUUCAUUGUGUUGGAAAUUCUGAGGUCCGCAAGGAAUUCAACCGUAAAGCAGAGCAUUGGCACCUUAAUCGAAACAUUUCAACUAACAUGAUUACAAUGGUAUCAAACAGAGUUACCCCUUCAGASUCUGAUGUCACAGAAACUAUUAACAAACAAUGAUAUGAUAAUCAACUACGCCUUAAUUAUUGUCAAGUCUCAAGAGUUUAAUGAAAGCAAAAAUUACUGAGCCCUUCUGUUAUUUAUUAGGUUUGCUAUGGUUUUCUCUAAGAAGAGAAAUCAAAAUUCUUAGUCUUAGGGCUUUGUAAUGCCAUUAAGGUAUACUGCCCCCYUCUCCCUCCCCCUCCAUCUCAAUUUUUCUUACAUUAUAUGAAAAAUACCUGAGACUUAUUCAGAGUGUGGACUGGGUGAACAAAAUAAGUUGUAAUAAAAAAUAUUGGUCGCAUAUAUAUUGUAUGUUGUUCUGAAUAGGAUAGGACUGGGAGUAAUAGGAAACCUUGCAUGGACUAUAUAAUGGUGGGAACUCGUGGUAAACUAGUGUGAGCUGCGUCAGUGUUUCUAAAGAACAGUUUUGUUAAAAAGAUAAAUUAAACACCGUAAAAAAGGAUGUGAAAUAACUUACUACUUAUUUCACAUACUUUUUUUACGGUGUUAAAUUUAUCUUUUUACACAACUGUUGCAUGAACUAUAGCCCACCAAAAUGGCCAAAAAUCAUCAAUUUUUGAUCAAAAUGCAUGGACUGAGUUAGCCAUAUUUACUGAGUAAAAUAUGAUUUAACUAGAUUCAAUAAAAAAUCCAAUAAAAAAAAAAAAAAUGAAGUGAAGGACCUGGUCGACUGGCCAUGAUUCCCCAGGCCUAACCGAACRUCCAAGCACGUUCGACACGUCACAUGGCAUGCGUAAACAAAUACAAAWAAAUUCAAAAAGUUACCCUGUAUUAAUUAGGUAUUUAAUUAACAAUAAAAUACAUUAAGUUUGUAAGUAAUAUAUACAAUAUGAGUGGGCGAUCUGUAUGUAAUAUACAACUCUCUUCAUGGGCUAUGAUUUCUAUUGUGUUUUGCCUUAUGAAUAUUAAUGUUAAUAAAUUAUCCUAUCAUAUCUA